AUGAAGGUGAUAUCGCUAGUCGUUGCCUUUACCAGUUGGACAAGUGCAGCGUUGGCCCGUGUGGUCGACGACCAAGCAACCUUUUUGGGUUUAACGGGAAAAAUGGGCAGAAAUGAUGACUUCCUCCGUGAGUUAUAUGGCGAUCUUUUGAGCCCUCACGAUGGCAUGAAAAUGAGCGAGGUUUCAAGCCUCACGCUGGACGCCAGUGAGAGUGAGGAGUUCCGUGCACGGUGCGGAUUCUACCAAGAAAAUCCUGUAACGUAUCCAGACGACGAUUUGAGCUCCGAUUUGCAGUUGUUUUCGGGCAUUGUCACUUUCGCACAUGUACCUAUGGCGCGGUGCUUCGACCAUCGCAAGGCCAAAAAAGAAUCCUCGCAAUUUGACAUUGCGAUCGUAGGUGCACCCUUCGACACCGCGGUUUCGUACCGUCCGGGCGCGAGAUUUGGGCCAAAUGGCCUGAGACAGGGCUCCAGAAGGCUUGGAGGAGGUAUCCUGCCAGUCAGAGGCUUUCCGGGGUCAAAAUUGCGUCAUUUGGAUCCUUACGACGCAGGAUAUAAGAUAGUAGACUGUGGUGACGUGCCCAUGACGCCCUUUGACAAUAGGAUUGCCUUGAACCAGUUAUACAGGGGCCAAAGGGCUAUUUACAACAGAACUACCAUCAGAGAGGACCUCAAGGUGCCCAAAGUCAUCACUUUAGGUGGUGAUCACACCGUCACAUUGAUGGCUUUAAGAGCCGCAUAUGAGCACCAUGGCCCCGUUGCUGUCAUUCAUUUCGACUCACAUAUCGACACUUGGGACCCAAAAGUGCUUGGUGGGGGAAUCACAAAGACACAGAGUAUUAAUCAUGGCACAUUUCUCCAUUUCGCACACGAAUGGGGCUACAUUGCCGACGAAAAAUCAAUGCACGUUGGCAUUCGCGCGCCAUUCCUUGUAAAGUCUGACGAGAAACACGACUACGACUGUGGAUUCGAGAAAAUUGUUGCACGCGAUUUCGAUAUCUUGGGCUUCCAAGAAGUUGUGGACAAAAUCAAGACUCGCGUAGGUGACUUGCCUGUAUACAUCAGCGUCGAUAUCGAUGUGCUGGACAUCGCUGUUGCGCCCGGAACGGGUACGCCCGAACCAGGUGGAUUGACCUCCAGAGAGCUUCUGACCGUUCUCGACGGUCUUGAAGGGCUGAAUGUGAUUGGCGCUGACGUUGUUGAGGUGUCUCCUGCGUUUGACUCAAAUGGGGAAAUUACUUCCAUCGUGGCUGCCCAAGUGGUAGACUCAUUCUUGGGCCUCAUGACCGUAAAUUAA